UCAAUGUACCUAUAAGGUAUACGGUACUAUAAAUACAAGUAAAAUAAUUAUUAAUGUUAUUAUUAUACAUACCUAAUACCUAAACCCUAUAUGCGUAUUGUUAUGCAAAUAACAAAAUAAAAAUAGCCAAUUUGAAUUGAUGCUAUUUAAGCAAUAAUUAUUAAGCUGACAAAAACCAUAUUUACUUAUAUACUAAAUUAUGAAUGUAGGAGUAUUGUGAAAUUAUGUGCUAAUAAUUAAUAUAGCAAUACUUUAUUCUCAUUAAUAAACAGUGCUUUAAAACAUUAAUGUAUUACUAUGCACAUUAUAUUACGUUGUUAUAACCAUAGAAUAAUUGUUUUUGCUCGAACGAGUAGGUAGGUACUUACAAUGUUUAAUUAAUUAUGUAUUUGUAUAAUUCCGUUUUAGUUGUUAAAAUGUUCCCGUCUCGUUAUGAAUUUAUAUCUAUAAUAUAAAGGUUAGCUAUUAUGUACAGCAGCGCAAUAAAUUAUUAUCGUUUUGCACCUAUACAUUAUUAUAAUAUUAAUGUAAAGGACACGCGUGCGGUUAUGCAUACAAGGCGACUCGUUAAAUAUAUAUCCCAAUACCGCGAUCACAUAAUAAUCUAUACCUAUGACAGGUGCGUGUUUAUAAUUUUAUAUCAAUGUAGAAUCCGACGACGAUCAUAAUAUUUACAAUGUUUAUAUUUUAUACAUCGCAGUGAUCACUCGUCUCCGGCGUGUACCUAUUAUAAAAGUCGCGGGCGAUGAAUUCGUGUCGAGUGUAUAAAAUAUAUAGAUUAAUAGGUACGCGAAAAAAAAAUAACAAUAUUACAAACUAAUAUAAAAAUAAGGAUAAAAAAUCCAAAUCAACGUAUAACAAUAACUGUUGGGAAUUAUUUAUUAUAAACUUUAUGUACAAAAUUAUUAAUUAUCAUCAUCAUUCAUCAUAGACUCGCAUGAACGCGGCGAGGAGUUAAAUAAUAAUAUGUAAAAACCCGAUCGGUCGUGUGCCGCAAGAGAGCGCUGUCGGCCGCGGCACACACGAGACCUGCGCGCUCGUCGAUUGGCCGUCGCCGCGGAGGGGACAAGUCUCCGGCCGCGGGGACGGGGGCGACGCCGCCGACCCGCGCGCCGCACCCAACCAAUUCGACGAGCCGGCCACCACGGCCGCCGCCGUCGCUGCGCGUGUGCGCGACGGUUCGCGCGCGCGCCCGUGUAGGUAGUGCCGUGGCGGUGUGGUCGUGUGCGCGCGCGCGCGUGUGUGUGUGUGUGAGAGUGUGUGCGCGCGCGUCCGGAGAGAGGUAACGCGACGACUGCGACGCGGACGACGACUGCGACGAGACGACGACGGUCGACUGGGCCACGCCAAUACCCUCCGCGCGCCGCCCGGGUCAUAAACGAUCUCACAAACAAGUGCUCAACGUUCGGGAAAUUACCCGCGCCGCCAUAUAAUAUUAUAUCGCCAAAGGCCGCCGCCGUCGCCAGUGAUCGCGUCGCCGCCGCCGCCGCGCGGGUUUCUUUUUAUUUUUCCGCCGCUAUUACACACGGUUCGAAGAUAAAAUUAUUUUCUCGAUUAUAACAAUAUUAUCCCGUUCGGUUUUUUUUACUCCGCGUAGAUCCGCGGGCCUAAGAUACACACCAUCCACGCUUUCCCGUGCCGGUAUCGUGCAGUGUCCGUACAGUGUGCGUAUCUCGUCGUCGACGUCGGUAUUUUCGGGUUUUGAAUAUAAAUAAACAAUAUUAUAUUGACAACAGUUUAAUAUUUUGUUUUUCGAACGCCGUGCUUUUGGUGUAACGACGAUACGUAAUUCCGCAUCACGACGGCAUAAUGCGGUGGCGUUGACGGAGUCUUGCACAUAUCCAGAUAGUAUUACAUUAUCUCGACGACCAGGAGAGAGAGGCGUGCAAUAACGACGUGCAAGAUAUCAUUACAUAGUAUACGAACGUGCGGCCAAAUAUCGCACCGCGGUGUAUAAUCCUGUCCCCGGUCGCAACUUACGCGCCCGUCAUGAGUUCAAAGUUCAUCAUCGACAGCAUGCUGCCCAAGUACCACCAGCAGUACCACCACCAGCUCCUGAACCCCGUGAUCACGUCCGGCGGCGGGCUGGACUCGUCGGCCGUCAACUACAGCUUGACGCCCAACAACUCGUCGUCGAGCAGCGCGGGCGGCUCGCCGCCGUCCACGUCGUCGCUGGUCUCGCCGGCCGCUGGCCGCAUGUACCCCGCGUACGCCGUCCACCAUCACCAACAGCAGUUCGGCUCCGGCGCCGGUUCCAUGGCGUUCACGUCUCCCGGCUCGGCCGCCCUGGCCGCCGCCGUCCAAGACGCCGCGGACAAGACGUCGUCGUCGUGCCGGUAUGGCGGUGGUGUCGGCGGCGUGAGCGUCGGCGGCGUGUCCGCGGCCGACACGAUGGUCAACAGCUACGCCGCCCUGCACCAUCACCACAACCAGAACGGCGCCGGUGGCACCGGCGCCGUGUCGUCCAUGGCCGCGGCCGCUCAGUUCUACCACCAAGCGGCCGCCGCGUCCGCCGUGGCCGCUGACCCGCUCAACUCCGCGUGCGCCGGACAGCCCGGAGCCCCCGGACCGCAACCCAUGCCCGACAUACCCCGGUACCCGUGGAUGUCCAUUACAGAUUGGAUGAGUCCGUUCGACAGAGUCGUUUGUGGUCCGAACGGAUGUCCGCGUCGUCGCGGUCGGCAGACGUACACCAGAUUCCAGACUCUGGAGCUGGAAAAGGAGUUCCAUUUCAACCACUACCUGACCCGGAGGCGGAGGAUUGAGAUCGCGCACGCCUUGUGCCUGACCGAGCGCCAGAUCAAGAUUUGGUUCCAGAACAGACGGAUGAAACUCAAGAAGGAGCUGCGGGCCGUCAAGGAGAUCAACGAGCAGGCCCGCCGGGAACGGGACGAGCAGGCUAAAAAGCAGGAUCACACGAAAAUGGACGUGGGAGGCGGCGGUGGCGGGAUGCACCAGCAGCAACAGCAACAGCAACAGCAGCAACAGCAGCAGCAGCAGCAAAUGUCGCACCAUCAGAUGUCGCACGAACAGCACAAGCUGCAGAUGGGCGGCCUGGACAAAGGGUCCGCCGACAUGCUCAAGGCCAAAACGUAAACGGCGCGAUCGAGCGCGCGACAACGUUUCGCACAGUAAUAGAGUAAUGAUAUAAAUGAUAAUAAUAAUGAUUAAUAUUAUAAUAACGUGUCGCAUGAUUAUUAUUGUUAUUGUUUCGACAAUUGUAUAGAAUUUCUCUUUCGAUUCGAAAAAUACGUAAAUAAUUUAUAAAUAUAUAUUAUAAUAUAUAUUUAUCUAUAUACAAACUAUUCUUACAUAAUAUUUAUACAUAUUAUAUAAUAUAUUACAUUCAUAGACUUAAUUUAAAUAAUACCUAAUUAUAAUAUUAAUGACAAAAAAAAAAAAAAACGGAAAAAAAAUUUUACUUAUAAGAAAUAUUUUGACAAAAUAGUACCUAUUUUUCUCAAUACAAGAAACGACGCGAGUUUCACAUUCGUAGGCCUACAUUUCUCUGUCCUUUUUUUUACUCUUAUUUUAAAUUAAUAUAUUCCAGAAAAAACAAACACUGGCGAUUCAAGAGAAUUAAAUAAAUCGCUUUCCUCGAUCGCCGGCGCUCUACGAUUCCACGGUACAAUAAAUGUUAUCACAUCCGUUGUCUUGCGCGGCGAUUGCCCUUCUCUAAGUAUAUUCUUUAAAUUAUAUUGAUAAUAUUAUUAUAAUAAUAAUAAUAUAAUAUGAUGUUUAUUACUUUAUUUUAUUUUAUUUUUUUGUUUUUAUCCUUCGUUUUACGACAAAUUAUUGUUUGACACAUUCUGAUAGUACAUAAUAAUAUAAUUUAUAAUAUUAUAAACGCGUUUCGCGCGCCCGCACAAAAGUAUAAAAAAAAAAUUCCGUACGUAAACAAUAUAUGCAUCAGAAACUCCCGGUAUCCUCAAUCGCAGUUCGGAAUCGCGGGUCGGACGACGGCGAUAAUAUUAUAAUUGUGGCGAUCUGUCGGUGUUGAGGGUUAUACCAUAGUAGAUAUAACUGCAGUGCCCACCCCUAAUCGACAGAUUUGCAUUCCCAUGUACGAACCCCAAACCGGUGCGUGGAGGAAAAUUGUUCAUAUUUUUUGGUUGUACUAUUUGUUCGGUACCUAUAUACACGCGGAUAUCGCUGCACCGGGGCGCCCGCUUUUUAGAUACAUUUUCCCGAGGUAUUUCCAAACGGCGGCCGACGUUGUUCCUAUACUUUGCAAGUAUUAUUAUUAUUAUUAUUAUCAUACUAUAUUAUUAUGUACCUCAUACCUAUAUAAUAUAUAUAUAUAUAUACAUAAUAUUGUUUCGUUUGUAAUGAUACGAUUUUUUUUUUCUUUUAUCCAUUUAUGUUUGUUUGUUAUGUCUGAUUCGGGAGCGUAUGUACCAUAUAAUAAAAUGUGUCUCGGUGUACGACUUUCAUUUUUAUUUUUUCCUGUUCGAUAUCAUUUUUCGUUUCGUUUCGUUUAAGUUUCCGAACGGCGCAGUUACGUUUUCGCCGAUUCCUUCUGGUUCAAGUUUGUAUACGUUAUUGUCACCGACGCGUUUUCGUUCACAUCUAUUACGUUUUUAUUUUAUCAUUUUCCUCUACCCCGUAAGUUGUGAUCGAUAUUUUUUUAUUUUUUUUUUUUUAGUUUUUAAUACAUUUACUACGAUAAUAUCGUUUAGCUCGUUCUUUUUUGUGACCAUAUUCCUAGAUAAAUAUUGUUUCUUUACUUCUAUCAUUAAGCGUAAUAUAUUAUAAUAUAAUUUGUUUGUUUAUAGUUUUCAUCGGUAGGGUUUAUUUAACGAGUUCAUUACAUAAAAGAAAAUAAUACUAAAUACAUCUUGAUGUUUACCGAGUAAAGUAUUUCCUCCCGACACUUAUGUAAAUAUAUAAUAUAUAGAUUAAUGCUUUAUUAAUAUUUAAUUUAUUUUUACAAUCUUUCUUAAGAUUAAUGAUUAAACAUAAUAAUAAACUAUUCAAUUAAUAUCUAUUUAAUUAUUUUUUUUGUAUACCUACUGAAGUUUUUUUUUUUUAUUAUUAUUAUUAUUAUUAUUAUUAUUAUUUUGUUUUGUUUUCAUUUGUAUGAUAUACCACUAUAUAUAUUUUUUUUAUUACGCCUAUAAUAUAAAUCGGUCGUAAUUUCGACAAUCUAAAACAUAUAUUUUAGGCCUAUCCAAAAUUCAAAAUUUGUAAACAGCUUCUAUAGAUAUUAAGACGUUUAUCGCGAACGAUUAGACUAUUAUUUAGAUUGAUUGAAUAAUUUUAAAAAUUAUAUACGUAUUAAAAUAUUGUAAUUUAACAUAAUUUAUAGGUACCUAAUAAGCGUUUAUGCAUAUUAUAUUUUUAAGGCCAUCAGAGACAUACUUUGGAAACGAUUUUUGUUUAUAUCCACAUAUAUACGUAAUUAUAGAUUCAGGGUAGGUUUUUUUAAAAUUGUAUAGACUGUCAAAAGUUUAUCGAAACGACAUAGAAUUCCUAAAAUAAUUUAAUAAAAAUAAUUUUCAGCAAAAAUAUUUUGUUGUCUGAUUAUAUUAUAUGGAAAUAUGAUAUUAAUAUUCUUAUAUCGUCAUUAUUGUUAAAAAUAAUAUAUUUUGUUGUUUUACACCAAUUUAAACCGUAACGCUAAGUGAAAGUUAUAAAACGAAAGACAAAUACGUAAAUAGCAUUAAUGAACAUAAUUAUAUAUAUAAAUAUUAUAAAUUAUAAUAUAAUGUGUGAAAAUUCGAUCUGCUAAGACUAAUAUUUUUUAACUAUAUUUAUUACUUAUAUAUAAUAAUGAUAUACGUUGACUUUUUUUCUCUGUCUAGUGUAUGCAGUUUUUAGCGUAGUGUGUUUACGAUAAUAUAUAUGUAUUAUAUAUAUAUACACGUUUACAUAUGCGUAUAUAUAGCGUAAAUUAUUUUAAUGGAUGUACUUAAUCUGUAAAUACAUAUAUAAGAGUAGUGCAACACUGUAGGCUAUUGUUCAUUUUUUUUUUUUUUUAAUAAUCGAAAUGUUAGUUUUAAACAAUAAUAAUGUUUUGUUUUUCAAGUGUACAAUUUAUUUUUAUUUUUGACAAUUAAAUAAGCUUAAAUUCAGUGCAAUAUAAUACGUAUAUUUCUUGAAA